GUCCAUGUUCCCGAGGUUUGUCGUCUCCUGCCUCUGCUCCCACACAGUGCAUCGAGAUCCUCCUGCGAAAGAUGCCGUGAGGAGUGGAGCAGAGAAACCUCCCCCAAAGGUGUCUUGCUCUCGGCAAACCCGGGCCAGGCAGGGCAACAUCCACUCCUGCCCAGGGCGCUUCCUCUGCGUGGAGCCGCAUCAGGCACCAGCGUUCUGCAGCUCCCACCUCCAAGGCGGCGUCCGGCCGAGGUCCUGGGUGCUCCGCGCCGGUGACGCUGGUGACAAGGGAAGGCUGGAAGGUGCUGCUGGGUCUGGGGUCGGGCCCCUGGAACGAGGGCUUGAUGUCGAAAGCUGUGGCCGAGGGCCGGGGAGACAUGAAGCCAGAAGAGGGUGGCAGCGAGCCGGGAACGAGCCAGGAGCUGCUGCAGAGACUGCGGGAGCUGGAGGCGGAAAAUUCGGCCCUGGCUCAGGCCAACGAGAACCAGAGGGAGACCUAUGAGCGCUGCCUGGACGAGGUUGCCAACCACGUGGUGCAGGCUCUGCUCAACCAGAAGGACCUGCGCCAGGAGUGCCUCAAGCUGCAGAAGAGGGUCUUCGACCUGGAGCGCCAGAACCAGACCCUGAGCGACCUCUUCCAGCAGAAGGUGCAGCUGACGACCGGCUCUCUGCCCCAGCUGGCCCUGCACCCAGUGUCCGUGGUGUGCAGCCCCCUGGCCAGUCUCCAGUUGGGCUCAGUGGAGAAGCUGGCCCCCUCGCUGCCCCUGGGACGCUGCGCCCUGCCGAGGGAGGUAUGUCCCGCGCCCCCUUGGCUCCCCACCCAGCCCUGCUCCCAGCUGUUCUUGGCCCAUAGACCAGGACAGGGGCGUUGUUGGGCAGCUGCUGUCCUCGCCAGGCCCGAGCCCCCCCAGGCAGGGACGUGGGUUCCGUUGCAGGACAUGGGGAGCUGCAGGAAGGGGUGGCAGGGGAACAGGCACCAGCCACUAGCUUGGGGUAGUGGCAGGAUGGGCGCUGCCUGGGCAGGCCCAGCCUGCGGCAGGCUGGGAGCCAGGCCCUGGGCAUCUCACAGCCUCUCCUGCCUCUCUCCCCAGUUGGGGUACGGCUCUCAGUCCAUGGAGGCGUUGUCUCCGUUCUUCAAGAAGAAAGCACAGAUCCUGGAGGUGCUGCGGAAGCUGGAGGAGACGGACCCCCUGCUGUGCCCCCCACCCUGCCCGCUGUCUCCCUGGAGGGACCCCCACCACUCCCCUGCUGAGCCCAGCUCCCACAAAUUUCAGCCGGUCCUAGCAGAUAGCCGGAGCCAGCCGGAGUCACCGGUGAAUGGGGAGGGACCCCCGGCCAAGCCCCUGGCUGCCCCCCAUGAGCUGUGGCCGUCCUGCCUGCUGCGAGCACAGAAUGGCCUGGAGGAGGCGCUGAAGUGGAAGGGCAAGGAGGUGGGGGCCCUGGAGGCCGAGGGGGGGAACCCCCAGCUGCUCACCCCACUAUGCUCCCAGCAGAAGAGUGAGGGCAGCUCCUCGUCCUCCUCCGACGAGACGGGGGAGCUGGGCCCCCCAGGUGAGGCCCUGCUGAGCACCUUGCCUGAGAAGAAGCUGGACUUGGGCCUGCUGUUGGAGGAGACGGAGUGCUACCUGCAGCACUUCCUGAAGCAGGGCUGCCCGCUCAACAGGGAGCCAGCCGCUGCCUACCGGCCGGAGGAGCCCCCAGGAGCACUGGGCCCCAAGCCAGGGGUGCUGGCCAAGGCCCUGAGCCAGAACAUGCUCACCGGCCUCUCGGUCAUGGGCAAGUGCCAGCCCACGAAGCCAGAGUUGGACCCGGCUCAGGGCAGCGCAGACAAGCCAGCUUUCGGCACAGCCACCGGCAGCCAGGACCUGGGGCCCUUCCUGGAGCCGGCCUUGGAGCGCCAGGCCUACAUCAGCCUCUGCCUCUCCGGAGACGAGACCCCCGAGAAGAGUGCCAAGGGCUCUGGCCAGACCUCGGCUCAGGGCAAGCCUAAGCUGCAGCCGGGCUCCGUGUCCCCGGGCGCUGGGGCACUUCCCCUGCCCUCCCCCUCCAAGAUGGUCAAGUUCCUGAAGAUGCCCACACCCGGGGAGAAGCCCCAUGGCCCCAACCCUCUGCGCCUGAGCCCCCAGCUCACCCGGAGCUCCAGGAUCCCCUGCCGCAGCAAUAACUACGAGCCAUGCCCCUCGCCCGUGCUCAGCCGCAGGACCUCCCCCGAGGGGCCUGUGGUGCCCGCCUGCCCCCUGCCCCCUGGGGCUGGCGGCCAGGGCUCCCCCAAGGCUGGCAGACACCUGGCCCCCGGGACGGCCGAAGCCGCCGUGCACUUCCUGGAGCCCCAUGACUACGAGAAUGUCUCAGAGCUGUCGGUGGGCGGCCUGGCCUCCCCGCUGGAGCGGCCCAAGGGCUCCCACUCCACCCCGUCGCGAGGCGCCAGGCCAGACGCCCCACACUGCCCGCCGGAGUUGUGCCCCUACGCCCCUGCCAAGGAGGGCCGGGAGCGCAGCGCUGAGUCCCCGCCAGCCACCCGCAGAAAUGCUGGGGGCUCCGCCGGGCCCAGGCGGCCUAGAAAUAGCGCUGGGAAGAAGCAGCUGGAGCUGGGACACCCGCCGUUUAAGGAGCGUCUGUCGGCGCUGGGGAAGCUGAAGAGUGCUGAGGCUGGGGAGCGGAAGGAGGCUCUGGGCCUGGAGAAAAACAGCUGCCCUGGGAAGGCCAGGGCACCAGGCCGGCUCUGCGAGGAGGCGCUGGAGGCCAGGGCACAGCUUCGGCCGGGCGCAGGCGGGAGCCUCAAACACCAGGAGCAGUGCCACGGCGGGGAGCCCGCCGGGCGGUGCUACUCCUCUGGCUCGGUGGGCUCCCGGCUGGAGGCUGAGACCUGCUCCUCAAAGCACUACCACGCCAAAGCCCGCCAGCUGGGGGCGCUGUGCCCAGCGGGGACCCCCCUGGGCCCCAGGAAUCCCCCUAAAGCCCCUCCGGUGCCCCCGGCCAAGGGUGCCAAGAGCCCCCAUGGGAGCCCCACCAAGCUGCCCUCCAAAUCUCCCAUCAAGGCUCCGGCCAAGGCCGGGGCUCCCCGCCCGCCUGCAGAGGAGCCAAGGCCCGGUGGCCCCAAGCUGCCCCUCACGCCGCCGCCCAGCGCGGGCCACAAGCCCCCAGACUGUGCCAGGGCCCCACCCUUGCCUGGCCGAACGCUGCCCGCGGUCGGCCCCGCGCUGCACUCAGCCAUCGAGGAGAAGGUGAUGAAGGGCAUUGAGGAGAAUGUGCUGCGCCGGCAGGGCCAGGACAAGGGGCUGGCGGGCGAAGGGAAGCCAAAGAACUCCAGUGGCAUCGCCAGCUGGUUCGGGCUGCGCCGGAGCAAGCUGCCUGCCCUGAGCCGGCGGCCUGAGGGGCUCCAGUGGGGCGGGGGCGCCUCGCCGCUGCGCCGGGAGGGGAAAGUGGCAGCCUGCAAGCUGGAGGCAGAGAGCCUCAACAUCUCCAAGCUGAUGGAGAAGGCGGAGGACCUGCGCAAGGCGCUGGAGGCGGAGAAGGCCUUCAUCAAUGGGCUGGCGCUGGAGAAGGGCCAGCCCCACCCCUGUGGCAUCCUCAUGGAGCAGACGCAGAAUGAGCUCCAGGUCAUGUACCAGGAGGUGACGGCUGAAAACUUCAUGCAGCAGCUGCUGAACAGGGUGGAUGGGAAGGAAUCUUACGAGAGCCGGCUGGAGCAGAAGAGGGAGCUCCGGGAUUUCCAGAGGGUCUCGCAUGACGCCAAAGACCCCAGGCUCUUCCGGGCCCCGCGGAACGGCAUCGUUGGCCACCUGCGGAGCUGUGAGGAGACCCCCGAGAAGGGCCCAGACUCGAAGCUCCGGGAGGAAAUCCAGUCGGAUGACAGCCUGGCCGUGUCAGUGAACUCCCAGCACUUCACAGCGUGUGGCUCCUUGACACGGACCCUGGACAGUGGCAUCGGCACCUUCCCUCCGCCCGACUACUGCAGUGGGGCUCCCAGUAAAAACCUCCCCAAGCUGAAACCCAGCCUGGACCUGCUGCCCAGCCUUGCCCCGGGGCAGCCCCCCGGCGGCACCAGAGUUCCCCGGAAGGCCCGCACGCUGGAGAGGGAGGUGCCCAGCACAGAGAAUGUUCUGGCACCCGGCAAGCACCAGAGCAUGCCUGCGUUCCACGGAGUGCUGGCCAGCGUGGAGCCACCGCCGAGCCUGCGCGGCCACAGAGUCUGCCCUGAAGGUCUGGACCCAGACCCUUGCCUGGAACCCGUCCAAGCGCGGCGAGUGCAGCAGAGCAAGAACUGGACCUUUCCCAACUCCAAGGCUUGCGGCGGCUCCGUGGACCCCUUCCUGUGCACGGCCCGGGACCUGGAGGGGCUACAUGGGCUGGCCAGGAGCUCCGUGCACAGCACCGCCGAGAGGAAACGAGCCUCCUCGGACGGGCCCCGCCUGCCGCCCCCCUCCCCACAGGCGUUCAGUGCCAGCCGAACGCCCAGUGCCUCUGACGUGGGUGAGGAAGGCAGCAUGGAGCUGAAGUCCAGGGACACGGGGCAGGGCCAGCCGGGCCUGGAGAACUCGGAAUCGCUCAGUGACUCGCUGUACGACAGCCUCUCCUCCUGCGGGAGCCAGGGGUAAAGGGUGCCCUGGAGCCCCCCUUCGCGGGAGGAGGGAUCAUCUGGUGCUGGAGGAGGAAGAGCUGCCUGCCCCCCCCGUGCUUCCCCCGCCCCUCAGGAGCCUGCUUGGCACUGGGGCCGUUCAGAGCCCAUUGCUGGCACCAGGGCCGCGGAAUCCUGCCAAGGUGUCUCAAACCAAGUCCAUCCAUUCCCCCACACCCGACAGAGGAGCCGCAGCUGGGGGCCACCACCACAUCUUCCACCCCAGACCCCUUUCCAAGGGGCCGGAGCAGCUGCCUCACCCUGGACGCAGCCCCCAGCCAUUGGGCAGGGCCCCGGGCUCAUCCCUGGUGUCGCAGGGCUUGUCUGCACUGUCGUCUCAGCUCUGGGGAUGUCCGCAUGGAGCCAGGCUUCUGGGCCGCCCUCCCCACCUCUGAACCCCCUCCCCAUGCGGGUCAGGCGUGGGAUUACCUGCCUGGAUUGGAGCAGGGGUCCCUCGGGUGCAGUCUCCACCAGGGCCCGGAGCCAGCCGCUGCCGAGGAAGGUGCAAGACGCCCUGCGGUGGGGAGGGCUCUCCCCUGUUGGCUAGGGCCUGACCAGUCUGUACAGCAGGGGGCGCUGUGCCUUUCUCAGGUAACUGGACGGUCUCUUGUUCUUGCUGCAUUGACUGUUCAGUCCCUUUUUAACGCCUGCUUUGCUCUUGUGGCAGUGAGUUCCACAGGCUCGUUAUGGGGAAGAGGGAGAUUUGCCUUCCUCUGAUGCACCAGCUAUGGGACUGUGCUAGAGGGAAGGUGGGUGCAGCCAAGCAGCAUGAGUCAAUCCUAUAGAAACCAGGAGUCCUAAGCCCCCGUCUCCCUGGGUGUAAAAAGGGCUGUGAGUGGCUGGAGUGCAGACUGGGUUUCCAGCUGUCCCGUUACUGGAGUCGCAGAAUGGGACAGUGUUCCCCAACUCCCCUGUCCCUUCAGUGCCAGGUUGGGUCUCCCCCACCCGCACUAGCCCAACACUCUUAGCCCAGCCCGGGCUGUUCCUCUCCAUUGGUGCUGGGGGGCAGACCCCAUGAGCUGACCCCAGCUGGGUCCUGGAGCUGCUGUGGGACCAGGCCGGUUGCUCCCGCCCCUUGUCUUCUGUGUUUGGGUCGGGGUCCUGGUCCUGCUGCCUCCCCUGGCCGCGUGCCCCUCGCCUGGCUCUCUCCAAUGGUGCUAUUGCUGUGUACAGCCCCCCCUCCCCAGCCCCCCUUCCCUUUCUCACCUUCCGGUUGGGCUUUUUAUUCAAUGAUGCCGCCCUCCCACGUUGUUUUAUUUAUCUAAGUUAUUGUGAAUCCAGCUGUUUAUUGCCUGCCUUGGUCUCCCUUCAAACUGCCAAUAAAAGGUUAAGAGCGGGGCUGGAUUAAUGUGUGGUUUCCC